AUGUUGAUGUUGAUGCCAGCUAGAUUUGGCUAUCAUAUAGCAAAAAACAAUAGCUCGAUAUUACGACCUAUUUCUAUUUUGAGAUUCAAAUCAAAUGUUCCUUCAGCAAGGCAAAGCAAGAACAACUUACCAGCAGAUGGGAUUCCCAAAAAAUCAUUACCUUCUGAAGGAGAAUGGAAGCAUUUAAAAUUGCAUAUUCCAGGUGAGAAUGUGCAAACGAAUGAUUUGAAAGACAGAAUACCCAAAUUCCCUUUAGGAAAGGAAAAUGUACCAACAUUAUUACCACGUCCAGGAGUACCUCAAGUGGGUAAAAAUUUCACAUUUCGACAAGUUAUUGGGAUUUUGAAGAAUAAAACUCAACCGGAAUUGAUUUAUGAAAGUGAACCUCAUCGAUUGUAUUUUUUAAUGUGUUUUUGUGCAUCAAUCAUUUUUGCAAUAUAUGGAUGUGUGUUAUUUGAAUGGGCCACAUGGAUAGCCAAUAAGGAAUACGAUGAAAAUGAAAAAGAAGAGACCAAUCUAGCAAUUCGUAAACGAGAAUGGGCUAUAUCUUUGGCUAUGUACUUGGCUCCUUCAGCUGCAUUGUUUUUGUUGGCUUAUGGUGCCGCUCUUUUCCCAACAAAGCUUGUCAGAAGAAUCUGGUACUUGCCUGGACCAGUUGAACAUAUCAAAUUUACAUCGUAUCCGUUUAUUCCUGGUAGACCAACCCCGGCGUAUACUGUGCCAUUGGAAAAUUUAAAGAGGAAACAUGCAGCCAGAGUAUGGACUGGUAAAGGAUUUUAUGGUACUGCUGACAAAGGUUUUUUCUACUUUACUUUGUUAGAAACAUUACCUAAUGGGAAAACCAAGAAUUGGAUUGUGGACAGAAAGGGGUUCUUUUGGUCUGAUGGAAGAGUAUUUGAUUAUUUAUUUGGUAAAGAAACUUUGCAAGAAGCAGAGGCGGGUAUUCCAUAUGACAAACAAUUUGGUAUUAUAAAUCAAGAAGUGAAAAAGAAGAAACAACAAUUGAGGGAAAAGCAUGGAGUAUUAUGGAGAUACAAGAUGGCAGCUGAGGAAUUUGGUAAAGAUAUUAAAAAAUUGGGAGGUUAUAUUACCAAUUCAAAAUCAAUCGAUAAUAAAAAAAAGACAGAUAACGGAAAGCAAUUGCCAAAGGGGAAAUAA